AUGGCAGCGCGCAAGAUGAUCGGGCGCUGCGUCUCCGUGUACUGGCCCGAAGACGAGCGCUACUACGAUGGCAUCAUCGUGUCAUAUGCGUCGACGCGCAACGGCGACCGCAUCCACAUCCGUUAUAGCGACGGCGAACUCCUGCCGAUUGGAGAGGGCGAGACGCUGCACUUCCCAAAUGAUGCGGACAAGACAUAUCCUGCGCCCCGCCACACGGACAAGACAUAUCCUGCGCCCCGCCACACUGCCGCGGGCCGCAAGCGUGCUGCUCCCAGCGAGGUCAGCACGAGUAACGCGCCCAAGCCCGACGCGCCGGAGAAGCCCAAAAAGAAGGCGAAGCUCAAGCCAUGCGACCCUGAGGCGCACCGCAAGAUCAGCGUGAAGAGCGAGCGCAAUGUCGAGCUCUUCUACCGCUACCUGCAUCGCCGCAUGUGCGUGCGGCUCCAGAUGGAUCGCGACAAGGCACGUCCGCCUCUCGCGACGGUCCUGGGUGUGGGUGUGACGCUGCCCGUGCCGCACGAUCCCGUGCUCGCCCUUGCAACGACCGGCAACGCCUACCGCCACCUCGAUACGGGCACGCUGACGCUCGGCUCUGACGUCAAGGCCGCCCUGGUGGAGCAUGGGCGCACACAAGGCAGCAGCGACUACUUUGCGGGCGCGCUGAUGGCGUGCCUGGUCGACAUGAGCGGCAUCAAUGCCUCUGUCCUCCGCCAGGGGCUGCAACUGCCCAGGUGGGAGCAUGCUGCGCCGGGCGAGCGCGUCCUCGAGUACCCGUGCACCCUGGAGGAGCUCGCUCAGCUCAGGCGCUUCAUCGGCGCGUACCAGAAGAAGCAGCAGAAGGCGGGAUUCAAGGGCACCAAGCUCUUUUCGGAUGCGGGCUUCCAGACGCAGGGCUUCCGGUGGAUCGAGUACCUUGCUCAGUGGCUGCGCCCGGCAUCGAGCAGCGAGGCGUCUGCUGAUCCGGCGGCGUGCUGCCGCUUUGCUGAGGUUGCGGCCCAGGUGCGUGACAGCAGCACGUGGCAGGAGGCGAAUCUCACGGUCCAGACGCUGCCGGGGGUGGGCGGCUACACGGGCGCGCAGGCUCUGCUCCAGGUCCUUUACGGGGUCUUUGGAGGGGAGGUGGCCGCGUGCUUCACGCCCAGCUUCGCCGAGGCCUCGAUGCGCGACUGGUGCGCGUACGGGCCUGGCCCGGUGUCCUCGUGCAACAAGCUCUUCGGCACGGCCGACGGCGAGACUCUCGCGGGCAUCCGCUGGCUGCAGGAGCACCAGCAGGAGCGCUUCGCAACGUACGGUCUGGAUUUCCCGUACCUUCAGCAGGCGGACGGCACGCCGCGGCUACUUGCCGCGUGCGACCUCGAGCACUCGCUCUGCUACUUUUCGCGCUACCUCAGCGCGCGCGCGAGCCUCGGCGCCGCCGGCGCGGAGGCCCUCAGCCGCGCGAUGCCCGCGGGCUUCCGGCUCUAUCGCAUCGGCAAGCUGCAGGGCCUGAGCGCCGCCAAGGUCUGGGAAGACUUUGACGCGCAUCGCGAUGCUGGUGCGGGAGGGGGUUUGGGCGCAGGCCCGACGACGGACCACAAGUCGCGGCACUACUGA